UCUGGGUGGUCUUUGCAUGGAACAUUUUUUGCCAUCCUCCUUGACUGGAGGGUAAGACUUGUGGUAUAUAAACUGCAGCUGUGAGUCUGCUCCCAUUACUCUGGGACUCAAAGGGCUCGCUGGAAACAAGCAUGAAGCUCCUAUUUGUGGCAGCAUUUGCACUUUUUGUGCUCUCGGCUUUUGACUCUGCUGAUUCUUCAGCUUAUGACAAAAUAGUUUCCCACAGUCGCAUCAGGGCCAAGAAAGAGGGCCCCAAUGUCUGUGCACUCCAGCAAGUCAUGGGGACCAAGAAGAAAUAUUUUAGCACUUGUCGUAAUUGGUACCAGGGGGCCAUCUGUGGAAAAAAAGCGACUGUGCUUUAUGAAUGCUGCCCAGGGUACAUCAAGCUGGAUGGGAUGCGUGGUUGUCCCGCAGUUGCCCCAAUUGACCAUGUGUACGGGAGUUUGGCUAUAGUAAAGGCCUCAUCAACCCAAAAAUAUUCUGACAUGUCUAAACUGAGACCUGAGAUUGAGGGCCCAGGAUCGUUUACUUUCUUUGCUCCAAGCAAUGAAGCCUGGGACCUACUGGAUGAGGAAGUGAGGAACGCACUGGUCAGUAAUGUCAACAUUGAACUGUACAACUCUCUUCAUUACCACAUGGUCAACAAACGCCUCUUGACCAAAGAUUUAAGGAAUGGACUGAAAGUGACCUCAAUGUACAACGAUCUUGAUCUCCUAAUUAACCAUUACUCCAAUGGGGUGGUGACUGUCAACUGUGCACGGAUUAUCUAUGGCAACCAGGUUGCCACAAAUGGAGUUGUGCAUGUAAUUGACCGUGUCAUCAGCGCUGCAGGAAACACCAUCCAGGGACACCUCGAUGUCAGUGAUGACUUGACAACUCUCAAUGACAUGGCUCAAACAGCUGGACUGUUGGAGAAACUGGGUGAGCCUGGACAUUACACUCUCUUCGCCCCCACCAACGAUGCCUUCGAUAAGCUCGAUAGUGGCAUGUUAGAGAGGCUUCAGAGUGACAAGGAGGCCCUCACAGCUCUUCUGAAUUUCCACCUCUUGGACUCAGUCCAGUGCUCUGAGGCCAUCAUGGCUGGAAGCUCUUAUGAGACCCUGGAGGGAAACAAUAUUGAAAUCGGCUGUGAUGGCGAAAGCUUAACUGUUAAUGGCGUUAAAAUGGUCAUCAAAAAGGACAUUGUCACCACCAAUGGUGUCAUCCACCUUAUUGACCAGGUUCUCCUACCAGACUCAGCUAAGCAGGUAAUGGAACUUUUGGGAAGCUCACAGUCAACCUUCGGUGACAUGGUAUCCGAGCUGGGCAUUUCUGUUGACAUGAGCCCAGAAGCUGACUACACUUUACUGGCCCCUCUCAAUUCCGCCUUCACCGAUGAAGUGAUGUCCAUAGAUCAGAGUAUUCUCAAAAUGAUUCUGGAGAACCACAUUGUGAAGAAUAAGAUCAGCCUGGGACAGCUCUACAACGGCCAGCGGUUGGAGACCAUUGGGGGGAAAAUCCUUCGGGUCUUCAUAUACCGCACGGCUGUGUGUAUUGAGAAUUCCUGCCUGAUAAGAGGCAGUAAAGAAGGAACCAAUGGAGCUCUUCAUCUCACGAGGACUAUGUUGAAACCUGCAGAAAAACAUAUGCUUGAGAUUCUGACAGAAAAUGGAGGUUUCAAGAUAUUUUUGUCUUUGAUGGAAGCUGCUGGGUUGACUGACCUGCUUCAACAAGAAGGAGACUUCACUUUGUUUGCCCCGAGCGAUAAGGCAUUUGCUGGUUUAAGUGAAAGAGACAUGACCCUGUUAAAGGGUGACAUAAAUGCUCUCCGAACUAUUCUUUUGUACCACUUCGCUAAUGGAAUUGUCAUUAGUGGUGGUUUGGAAGGUGGUGUGACAAACCUCUUCAAAACUCUCCAGGGCAGCAACCUUAACUUGAUUUCUGCAAACAACACGGUGAAAGUGAACUCGAUCCAACUCCCAGAGUCUGAUAUAAUGGCCACAAAUGGCGUCAUUCACUUUGUUGACCAAGCUUUGUACCCUGCAGAUAUGCCUGUGGGAAGCCAGGAUCUCCUAAUGAUACUGAGAAAACUCAUCUCUUAUAUUCAAAUCAAGUACAUUUCAGGAUUUAGCUAUCAAGAAAUACCCCUUACAUUUAUGAAGAGGAUCAUCACACGUGUUAUCCAAGAAGUGACCCUGCAUAAUAAGUAUGUUUAUACAGGACAGCCCACCAUAACCAAGGUAACCAGGGUCAUUGAAGGGGAUCCCAAGAUCACCAAGGUAACCAGGGUCAUCGAGGGAGAUCCCACCUUCACCAAGGUAACCAGAGUCAUUGAGGGAGAUCCCACUUUCACCAAGGUAACCAGGGUCAUUGAGGGAGACCCCACCAUCACUAAAGUCACCAGGGUUGUCACAGGCCCUCAGUACUCAGUCAGCACUGGCACCUCCAAUUUUGACCUGGAAGGAGUCGACCUUUCAAAGAUUACAACCAUUGAAGGGAAUGCGGAUCUUGACUCUGAGCAACUUACAAGACUGAUCCAGACUGGCAACAGGCGGAGGGGAAGGGACUGAGCAUCCAGGGAUGAAAAUACCUUCUUCGUAAAGGCAGAGAACAACGUCAAUGUUUGAAGCUGGUGUUAUAAUACAAAGGAUACACCUAAAGCGUCAGUGUUUAGAUCAAAAACAAGGACUAAAACUGACAAAAAACUGUAUUCAGUUAAUGGUGCUUUACAUCUCCAUAUAUUGACUUUUUGUUCAAUAUAUGCAAACAGUUCAAAUAUAAGUUUUUGCAUGGAUUUUUUGAAAAAGGAAAGCAAAAGUAUCAAGUCAUCAGACAUCGUAUAAAUCAUUAGAUUCUUUAGAUCGUCUUCACAGCUUUGCUAGUGGUGAAUGUUAGAGGAAGAAAAUCUUACAAGCUGUUGGGGAAGAGCCUGAAAAUCAACAGAAUAGAAAGUUAAAGUUAGUGUGUUUUCGCAGUUUAUCUGUGCUUUUUUUUUCCAUUUUCUUGAGUUUUAAGUUGUUAAAGGUUUGAAAGUGUCAUGUAAAUUUUGUCGGCUGCUUGUGUAAUUUGGGAUGGUGUAGCCAAAUUCAGGUAUUCUCUGUUUGUCCAACAUUCUUAAAUAAAAAGCUUUAGUAAAAAAAUGUCUUGACAAAGUUUUUAACUUGUAAACAUUCAUCUAAUAUGUCCAAAGAAAGAUUAAACUUCUUUAGACGGACCAAA